AUGGCCGACAAGAACCAUCCCAACAUUGUGCGACUGCUUGGGUUUGCGGUGGGAGGGGACGUCAGGUCUCAGAUAGAGCAAGUCCUCAUCUACGAGUUUGUGCCCAAUGCUGGGGAGACCAAGCACAUCGUGGUGUGGGUAUCCGAGUGCCUGUCAUCGGGUGGUUUAGAAAGCCUCAAGCACCCCACCAUGGACGCCCCUGGGGAUGUUGUGCAGCGCUUGGCUGAGCUGGCAGUGAGCUGCACCGUGGAGCGCACUGCAAGCCGCCCAAGCAUGGCGCACAUUGCCACCCAGCUGCAGGCUGACAGGGAGGAGGUGUUGGGGAAAGAGGAAUCUGGCGCUGCCAUCAAGGUGGAUGCGCAGGUCCAGGAGAUGAAGGAUGCUGUUGCGGAGCUCAUCGACUUUCACUGUGGGUGGGUGGAGGAGGAGGAGGAAGAGGAGGAGGAGGAGGAGGAGGAGGAGGAGGAAGAGGAGGAGGAGGAGGAGGAGGAGGAGGAGGAGGAGGAGGAGGAGGAGGACGAGGAGCUAGGCAAAAGGAAGGGGGCAGGGAGUGCAGCUAGGAAUGGGGGCCUCAGCGCCACCGCCGCCACCUCGGCGGCUGCCAUAGCGGGUCCGAAUAUGGCUGCCUACGUCCCUGCGCGCGCCGACGCUGUUCCCCCCGCCUGUUCUGGCUCCCAGAGCUGCCCCCCCUUCCGACUCCGGCUCUCAAAGAUGCCCCCUUUUGUGGCGGAGACGAGCGCCGGAGAGAAUCCCACCGUGUUGACUGCGCCUGGCUGCGACCCACCUCCAAGAUGGGCCACAGCGAGGGAGAUGUUGAGGGCCGCCGAGGCGAAGGGCUACAGCACUCGCCGGGCAGCCGUGGGGCCUACCCGCAGCAGCCACUCACGGGUCGUAUCGUACUGGAUUGGACAACACUUCCUUGACACCGCGUUCAACUCAACGUCGCCCACCUCAUCAGCACCACAGGUGUUUGUUCGCCAGGGGGAUGCCAUGCCGUGGGCUGGGCCCCCUCUCCUGUUCGCUGCCGCCAUCCACCCCGCGCUCAAAGCAGUGGCCGCCUCCCACCCUACUGUCGUCAUCCUGGCUGGCACUCAGGCGGGAGGCGGCGAGCCACUGCUUUGA